AUGGCUCUCGAGAACUCGGCACAUAGAGGUGAUCUUCGCCGUGAUCUAGCAAGGUAUUUAGCUUAUCCAGCAUUUGCUUACAUGACCUUGAAGGAGGCUCGAAGCCUGCAAAGGAGUUUCUCCUCAUUAGGGGUAGAUAUUCCAUCCGACUUUUACCAAAGCAAAAUAUCAGGAAUCUACCAACACAGAGCAUACGCUCCAGUCCCAGAACAAACCUAUAAACCAGCCCAAGACUACUCAACCCAAUACCUCGCCCCCGCAAGCACAAUGCUACCCACGGACGAUGAUCACCAUUGUGUCGAAACAUGUGAUGAGUACAAGAUCAACGGACAAGAUGUAACAGAUUUGACAGAUGAUUUAAACGGUAUAGGAGGCCAAUUUGCAGUCUAUGCAUUACAGGUGCAGUCAUAUUCUGGGUCUGUCUCUCAGUUGGAAGCAGAUAUCGUUCAGAGAACAUAA